AUGCCAAUCCUGUUUCGAGACUGCGUCGUCUGGUCAUACGCGUUCGACAAAUCGGAGACCCCGGUUUUCCUCCCUCAGUCAAUAUGGCCUUACGUUCGCACUCUGAUGUUCGAAGGCUCCUUUGCACGUCCCGACCUCAUACCAGAGUACUUCGGCCCCGAUUCUCCACCGGCUUGGUUGACCGAGCUUGCCCGUCUCCGAGCGCUGGCACGGAGUUUCGGUCAGUUCGUCAAGCACGCCUUGCUUUCAAUGUACAACCUGCACGUUGUUAGUGUUCAGAUACCCAACGGGCUCUGGUAUCGAGAUGUUACUACGCGCGAUGGCGUGCCGUGGUAUAUCCUCGAGGCGAUUUUAUCCACUCCCCACGUACGCCACUUCUUCUUCAGCAACGGGCCCAUGUGUCACCGAGACGAAGAGCUCCCGCAAGAAGUCUCUCUUCCCUCGGUCAUUCCUUUGCAGACGUUCCGCUUCUCCGCACCCAGCAUGUACAUCCCGCCGCGUACAACUGAUCUUGACCGGCGUGAGGUGCUAUUGAUCCUCGAGCGCGCCCACAACUCCUUAGUCGAUCUGCUUCUUCCCGGCGAGGCUGCCCCUCUUCACUGCAUGCACACAUGGGAUUGGCCGGCACUGACCCAGAUGUACCUUAACGGAGAAUAUCCCACGUACAAGAAUGCCCCCCCUCUCGUCAUGGCGCUCAGCAAGAUGCCACGUCUACGCUAUCUGUCCCUCUACCUCGCCCAACCUGCGGGCAGCGAGCCCAGGCCUAUAUGGCCGCCGUCCCUCCGGGCCUCUUACGCGUGGUACAGCCUCGAGCGACUGACCAUUACGCACCCGCAUCCCGACGACCAGUUUUACGCACAUCUUCCACCGUGCCUGGAUCGCCUGUCUCUGCGCUGCUGGCCUCGAUACUACAAGCAUCACUGCCACUUCAAGACGCACAUGGACGACGCUCAAGUCCAUUGGACCUCUCCCCUCCUGUCUUCUUCAGAGAUGUUACGACUACUGCGCAAAACCAACACGCCAAAUCUGACUCGCCUCGAGUUAGAGUUCUGCGCCGAUGCAUCAGACAACCAGCUCUUCCGACACAUCGGGGACUCCUACACGCACCUCACUGUCCUUCGAAUUCAUCGCUAUCGGAGCCCCGACGACGUCGACGCCCCAGUGACAGAUAUUGCCGCUGCUCUUCGCGGGCUCACCAGCCUGCGGCUGCUCAUGAUCCAUCUGGAUUUCCAGAGCUUUCCGGGCGUCAUGGUGUUGGACCGCGUAGAGAGGGAGCGCCAUUCCCCCGAGGAGCAGCUUCGACGCGAGGCGCAGCUGGAUCUUACGCUGGACGCCGCCGCGUCCGCCGCAAACGUAUUCGCAGGUGCCCUUGGGCCCUCGUUGGAGUGCAUUUGUAUUCUCGUGCCCUUGUGGGGGGCGCUGUAUCAGUGGCAGGCGUAUCGAGUGCUGCGCGACGGCGGCGAAUGCACAGUCGAAACCUUGAACACUCACCAGCCUGACUAUUUGUUCCAUGGGUAUUCGUAUGUGUCCUUACAUUGUGCCGCAGGUAUAUAA